CCAACUUCCAUCGAUCGUGAUACCAAUUUAAUCUUAUUGCUCUCAGAAUUCAAUUUAUUCCUCAGGCCGGACUUAUUUGGAGGACAUCCGGUGUUAUUCCAUUCUCUUGUUAGCUCGCAACCCCGACGCACACAAGGCACGGCGACCAUUCUUCUUUAUUGUUUCCGCAAACUCUACACCAUAUCAACAUGGCAUCACAAUUACUACCUUUAGAGUUGAUUGACAAGUGUGUGGGGUCGAGGAUCUGGGUCAUCAUGAAAGGCGACAAAGAAUUCGCCGGAACGUUACUCGGAUUUGACGACUACGUCAACAUGGUGCUCGAAGACGUAAUUGAAUUUGACUAUUCUGGCAGUCAAACAAAGCUUCCGAAAAUUCUCCUCAAUGGAAAUAAUAUUUGCAUGUUGAUUCCUGGUGGAGAGGGACCUGUCGCCGCAGCUGCGUGAGGGCUAGAAAUGAUACUGGCCUUGUCUCAUUUGAACCCGGCUCAGGCCAUUUGGGCCAUCUCACUCGAAGUGCUGAGGCCCGCAUGACGUAUUACUGGACGCUGCGUCAACAUGAAGUUGAUUGCAUUGAGGCAACGAGAGGCACUCGAGAUGAGACUUUGAGCAGGAAAAGGACAUCAAGGUGUGAAAUUGUAGUUUAGCAUACAUUGCUACAAUUGCUCCAUUGGAUGGCAGGGACAAUAAAUAGUUUAUGGCUUUGCAAACCUCGCUGCAGACCUUUGCAAGGUGUCCACAGCUUGCUGCUGCACACUUUGAAUUAUAUCCGCAAUGGAAUCGACC